ACAGUGCCAGCUGUUUGUUUCAGCUCGAAAGACUUUCGAAAGAUUUGAAUAUUUUCUCAGCUGAGUGUUAGUGGAAGACGUUCUCCUCUAGGAAAAUAAUUAUGUGUUUGCUGUGCCGACCGUGCCUCUCUUCAUCUAUUUCAUUAGGUCCGCACAGUUUUAUCGGUGUAUCAUCUCCAUAGCUUUUGAGUGCUGUGAGCAGGGACUAUUCAAGUUUUUUUAUUCCACAUUUGGAUAGCUGUUGGAGUUGGAAACUUUCCACAACAGCUCCAUGCUACGGGACCAGUACAUGUCGAAGGAGUUUAUUGGGCCGUAGUGCGUAUUUAACGAGUACUUCUAACACCUGUAGCGCUCCCAGCAACUGAAAAGCAGCGAAAACACAUGUGAAUAUCUGUGUUCAACCUGGCCAAAGAGUGUUGUAGUCUUCGCCAGUAUGGAGGGGAAAGCCCCCAGUUCGAAACCUGAACGUGGCCGUCGGGGUAGACAACGCUCAGGUAGCGGCGCACGUUCUAGUGAUGCUGAGCGCACUGAUGAGGCAGCGGCAACUGGCGGUAAACCGAAAGCACAUUCGGGGCGAGCUCACGGUUCGGGUGGGGAGAGGCCAAGACGUAGUUCAGCCUCAGGAAGUAGUCAUGACUCAUCCAUUCCAGCUAGUGAUCAGGUCAGUGCGUCACAUGAUGCCACUGCUGCUGCCCAUCGGAGUGGCAAACGACAUGGAGAAAGAGAUCAGCAGCACCCUUCGCAUACCGCAUCACCCCGGUCAAAACAGCGCCAAGAAUCAAAAGGGAAAAAGGGCCAGAAGGUUGCAGAAGCGCAACCCCUAGCUAGACGUGGAUCGGGUCCUUCAAGUGGCCAGCGAGUGCGUGAUAGCAGUGAAGGAGAUCAUAGCAAGGCAGCUCACGAUGAAAGAGCUGCGCCCAGUCGCAUUGCGCCUCAAGGUUUGCAGUCGAUUGGGCGUGCACUACAGCAGCCUGGUUCUCAGGGAGUGUCUGCUCUGAAUGCGCGGUCAGCUGCCAAGGCGGAAGCCACAACAGCAGCGCCAUUCGCCAAAGGGACCGGAGGACAGGGUGGCUCAGGAAUGAAGGCUCCUGGUCGCAUUCCUGUCUCCAUGCCAGACAUGUACAAGGCACCUGUUGGUCACUCUCCUCAUUCAUCGACGACAGCUGGAGAACAAAGCAGUGGUAUUGUCAGGGCCCACACUUCACAUGCGCAGCAAGGUCAUGCCAGCACCAUGCCCCUUGUAAAGAGUAAGAAGAAGCAAGGGCCAACUCCGAAGACCCCAGAUGCUGUACGUGCCACGCGGACACCUGUUGUUCGCGCCCCAACAUCUGCUGAACAAGGCAGUAGCAAAGCAGAUGCGCCACCGCGUGCCCAGGACCAAGCCAGUAAGGCGGGUGUGCUUGACCCUGAUGGUGGUGUGGCCUCACGCACAUCUCAGCCAAGAGGAGUUGUCCGUGCCAACACUGAGCCCCACACACAUCAGGCCACAAGGUCGGGUACGGAUAAGAUGAAACAGCAGCCGCAGCAGCAGCAGCAACAAUACCCUCAUUCUCAGCAGCACCAGCAGCUGAUGCAACCGCAGCACCAUUCACGGAAUCCUCACUUGGCAACUGAACGGAGACAAGGCAAUGUGCAGCAUGAAAGAAGUCCUAGUAAACAGUCAGAAAGAGCCAACAAGAAGCAGCAAGAUAAGCGGAAGGACCUAACUGAGGAGGAGAGGCGGAAGAACUACAUUCUCAGAAUACCGCAGGACAUGACAAGCACCUUGAUGCCCAACGCCAAGUAUUUCUGUGUUGUGUGUAGCUAUCACCUCAGAGAUCUUCCAAAACUGCGUGACCAUCUGACCAGAUCCCAACAUGACGACUUUACAAAGGCAUAUGCCAGGGCCAGCUCUAUCUCAUCACUUCCCCAACCAGACCGCUUUCAGCUGUCGGAGAUUGAGCGGGGACUGCUGCAGGAUUAUGAGCUGGUUUCUGUGGAGAAAGACCUGCCUCGUCACCAGGCUGUGCUGGAGACUCUGCGCAACCUGUGUCAGAGUGUCUGUCCAGAUUAUGACUUUCAAAUGUACUCUGGCUCUUGCAAUGGUUGCGGUCUGGCUGGCGCACCGGUCCGCAUGGUCGUGAAAGCCGACACGACCAAAGAGGGUGCAAGUCUUCUCCUGAGUUUGCCUGGCAUCCUGGAAGCAAGCUCUGAGGUUGCGAAUAUCACAACUGACUAUCUUGUGCGACAUGCCAGUGUCAGUGGGCUUCAUCUUCACACAGGCUUGCGUUUUGAGGUGUACCUAAAUGAGGAUAUCAACUGGCGGCUGUCGAAUCUGAUUGCUGUGUAUGCCAAGCUGGAUGUGCGCUUCCAACAGAUUGCUACUCUGCUGUGCCAUUGGGCAACGGUCUGCGAUUUUGUCAAUGAGGAGGGCUGCACACUGCCGCUUCAAGCGUACCCCAUGCUGGCUGUGUAUGCCUUGCAGCGAUGCAACCCACCUGUUCUGCCUGUGCUGCAUGAGCUUGGGAGGACUAGCCCAGAGCAUCCAGGCGAGGACAAUGAAGACUGGUAUCCCAGUGACAUAGACUGGAUUAAUAGCGCGUGGAGGACUGAGAACACCAUGCCAUUGAGUGAACUCUGGCUGGGCGUGUUCAGACUCUACUGUGACCCGCCCUUCCUUCAAGAUGCGGUCAUCUCCAUCCGCACCCUGAACCCAGCGUCGCGCGAGGAGAAAAACUUUCAUCUGCGACGUUUGGCAGUGGAAGACCCAAUACAUCCCAGCAGGAAUAUGACCGGCAAGAUGUCGUUCCCAUCAGCAUUUUCAGCCUUUCUGGGCAGCCUGUACAAAACACUUGAGUACUACUCCACGCCACCGUCUAACCUCGACGAGUUCAAGCGCAAGGAGGAGCUGUUCCAUGCCACAUACGCCAGCAAGAAUGUGAAGAAAGAGCAGGGACGCUUGGAGGGGCAUAAAACCAAACGCGAGCGGAGAGAGGCGAAAUACGCAGCAGAGGAAGAAGCUGCGAAAGAAGCAGAUGUCAAGUUGUACGUCCUCUCGCCAGCCAUGUCGCCAGGCUUGCCGAAACACCGCCCGCAGACAGUUGAACGUGCUGAGGAAUGCUGGCUGUCAUGGGCCAGUGACUAUGCAACAUGCUGCAAGGCAGAGUAUAACACAUUGGCGCUUAGGCAAGCGGACGCCACGAACGAACAGAAGCGCCAGCAGGGUGUUGAAGACGCUGACGGUGAUUCUGACCAGCCCACCGACCUCGGCAUUGAGCCCCAGGUUGGCUCUGCUUCGAGUGAUGCUGUUGCUGGUGCUACGACGGUGGAUGUGCAGAGUUCUGCAGCUGAUCUUCAGGGUCCUGAUGCUGAAGGGGCUGCGUCUGCACCGACACGGGCGCUGUACAGACUCAAGGCAGACAGUAGCCGGGACCGGACGACGAAACUGCCUUCAUUUUGCCACGCUUGUCGUUCUGAAGGUCACGUCCGCGAGGAUUGUCCAGCCUUGCAGAGAACUAAGAGGAAACCUUUGCCAGUGCCGGCCUCGGAAGUAGUGCUAAUGGUGGAUGGAGUCUGCACCGAUAUCGCAAACAGGCUGGCUUCCUCGCACGAUAAUAAGCAAGCCAGAUUGCGUGUGCUGGACACCCUCCAGUACUACGUCAGACAGCGCUACCCUGGUGUGGUUCUUCAACUCUUUGGGUCCUCUGAUAACGGUUUUGGCUUUGAGGGCAGUGACAUGGAUGUGUGCAUUGUGUCUGAUGAGGGCUUGGACAAGGGUGAGGUUGUUACAAGGCUUCGCAAUCUGUUCCGAAGACAGAAAGGGUUUGAUCAUGUGAUGUGCGUGACUAACUGCAGGGUGCCCAUUGUCAAGUUCGUCUAUGCCUGGUCCUAUAAGCCCUACCGGUACUUUGAGGUGGACAUCAGCCUGGGAAAUGUCCUGGCACUGGAGAACACUAGAUUAAUGGCAACUUACGCCGCUAUCGACCCGCGUGUUCGGCAGCUGGGCCUAGUUGUGAAGUACUUUGCCAAGGUAUGUGAGAUUGGAGAUGCAUCACGCGGCUCGCUGUCAUCGUACGCGUACAUCCUUAUGAUGCUGCAUUACCUGCAGCGAACCUCGCCGCCUGUCAUCCCUAACCUGCAAGAGGUAGGCCGUGAUGGCCAGAGCAAGACGGUGGCUGACUGGGAUUGCUGGUUCUUCAGUGACUUGUCGAGGCUGCAUGAAGUAUGGCCAGGGUGUGGUCAGAAUGUGCAAACAGUGGGUCAGCUGUGGAUUGGAUUUCUACGCUACUACUCUGAGACGUUUGAUUUUACCGCAGUGUGGUCACCACGCGCACCACUCCGGCCACUCCUGCCCCUGGAGUGUGGCUGGGCAGGCAAGACGAUGUGCAUUGAAGACCCCUUCCUGUUGAGUCACAAUCUAGCCGGUGGGCUCGCGUACAGAAUGCGCAACUUCAUUCUGGAUUGCUUCGCUAACGGUCUGUAUCGCUUUAGCACCCGGCCACCGGCCCUACCCCAACGUAAUAUACCGUCCUACUUUUUCAACGCAUCUUACCUGCGGCCCAGCAAGGCAGCGCCGCACCAUAACGGCUCCUGCCGUACUUGCAACCAGUACGGCCACUUCUCAGCAGACUGUCCAAAUAGACGACAGUACGAAGUCGGUGGUGAGGAAGACGACGAUGGUGGCCCUGCAAUAGAUCCUCCUGUUCUACCACUGCCGGCCCCAGCAUUGGGAGGUAACACUACAGCUAUUCGGACCGGCGGUGUGCCGCAAGAUAGACAACAACCCGUGGCAGGACCGGCCUCGCCUGAUAUCAACCAGGAACUUUGGCACUUGAAACAGCUUUUGGAGCAGAAGCAGCAGCCCCACCUCCAGCAACCACAGCAGCAGCUGGAAAGACCUCAUACGCAUGGGGCACAUGCCAUGGCAACACCCCACGCUGCAGGUACCGUAGCACGGCAACUUUCCGAGCCCAUCACUAGUGGUAAUGCACCUGCUCAGAACUUCGCCCAUGGAUACACCAUUGGACUGUCCGUAUUUCAGCCCCCAAUGCUGCAGCAACCGGUCCUACAACAUCAGCAAGAGCAGCAAGCGCAACAGGGCCCAUCGCAGCAGCAGCAGCAGCAGCAGCAGCAGCAGCAGCAGCAGCAGCAGCACCAGGAGGGGCAGCAGCAGGAGGGGCAGCAGCGCCAAGAGGAACAACAACAGCAGCAGCAACAUCAACACCAGGCAUCUCAUCAUCAGCAUCAUUUCGCAGCAAACCCGGCUGAUGGUAGAUUACUACGCCAAUUCUCCGAGCCUGUCUCUAGUGGAAAUGUACCAGCUCAGAAUCCCGGCCAUGGUUAUGGUAUCAUGGGCCAACAGCCCACAUCCCAUCAGCAUCUCCUUCAGCAAGUGUACCAGCACAAUUACCAACAACAGCAGCAGCAGCAGCUAUUCCACCAGCUUUUACAACACCCGCUGCAACCUAGCCAGCAGCAGUAUCCACAGCAGCAGCAGCAGCAGCAGCAGCAGCUUCAAUCACAGCAGCAGCAUCCACAGCAUCAGCAUCAGCAGCAUCCACAGCAGCGGCAUCCACAGCAGCAGCAUCAGCAGCAUCCACAGCAGCAGCAUCAGCAGCAUCCAGUACAGCAGCAGCAUCCACAGCAGCAGCAGCAGCAGCAUCCACAGCAGCAGCAGCAUCAGCAGCAUCCAGUACAGCAGCAGCAUCCACAGCAGCAGCAGUAUCCAUCGCAGCAGCAGCAGCAGCAGCACCCAUCACAGCAGCAGCAGCAUCCACAGCAGCAGCAUCAGCAGCAUACACAGCAGCAGCAUCAGCAGCAUCCAGUACAGCAGCAGCAUCCACAGCAGCAGCAGCAGCAUCAGCAGCAUCCACAGCAGCAGCAGCAUCCACAGCAGCAGCAGCAGCAUCCAUCACAGCAGCAGCAGCAUCCAUCACAGCAACAGCCACAAUAAACCCAACGAUCAUUGUAAUGAAUGUAACCUCCAACACUUCACUGUACACUAAGUGACUUGUACAGCAGGUAGUAUUAGGGUUUGGUGAGGAUUGAAAUCGUAAUUUUCAGCACUUCUGCUUCUUGAAGCCAGCCAAUAGCAGCGUUGGCUUGUCUAAACAAAUUAGGAAUUCGGCCAAUCCCGAACCUUACUUCUAUGCUCUCCCUUUUUUUUAAUACCAUGUCAAAGUCUCUUUCUCCCUAGAAUAUCAGAACAGGCAAAGCAGCAGGCUGCUUAUGACUUAUGCAUGCUCUGCGCCGGGGUUUUUAACAUGUCCCUCAGUUUUUUUGUAUUUAGAGUGUGCAAUGUGUCAUGGUGCUUUUCCAAGAUGCCUGCUGUUCGUCUUUUUCUGCCGUCUUUGUCUUCUCUCUUAAGUUCGUUUAGGGUUGUAGUGGUCACAGUUGCUUCAUGUAUACACCUCUGCUCCUCUGCCUGCGUGUGCGGGCCUGGCAGUCACUGAGUAUGUGUACGCUAUGAUCAUGGUGAAUGUGUUGAUGUGGUGGCACCAGCACCAGGGAGUUGUAUACAUGUAUAGAAAACUAGACAACUCCCUGGAUGGCGUAUUGUCAGAAGUAGACACUGCAGCGGGCUACACCGGGCCGCAUUGAUUCGUGCUCAUCAUCGGAUACCACUUUCGCUCGUGCUCGUCAUCGGAUACCACUUUCGCUCGUGCUCAUCAUCAGAUACCACUUUCGCUGUGAUGCCGGCAAUACAUGGUGUUAUGGACUCCGCUUAUAGGUGGUGUGUAGCCGCAGUCCAACUGACUUACUUCCAAGGAUCUAGCACCAAGCAGAAGAAGAAAAUACGUGUAUGUGGGUUUGGUGUAUUCUGUUGCUGUCAAUUGUUUGCGCUGUUGUUUGUCGCUGGUGUAUCACCUGGUUUGCGUGAUUCUAGGCGCUCGUAUCGCUCUAAGCGCUGGCCAAGUUUUGUAAACAACUGCCAUGAUGUGCUCUCUAUAGGGUUGAUACGGUUUCACAAUACCGGCAAUCAUCUCCUGUUCACAGUAUGUUGAUUUUAAUCAGUUAUGUUAUCAAAGUUUGUUUUCCGACAGCCUGAAUUUAUUUUCCUUUUCGGUAAGAUUCGUGCUGUUUCAUAAUGCUCAUAUCGUUCAGUUUUCCAUUUUGCUCUUUCUGCAUUCAUAUUAUUAUUGGCUUGUGCGUUCAAUAAAACGCGUUCGUUUUAGUAGUAGUACCAAGAGUAGACUCUCCUGUGGCUUAUCAAGCAAUUACACGUCUUGUAGUUACUCUUGGCAAGAGUGGAUGAUGUACUCUUGGUCUUGGUAGUACCACUGAUGAUGCCUUGUAGCCGGCCUUGUAAGACCCGAGUAGUACUAGUACUAGUCAACUGCUUGCUAGAGUAGCCUACUUGUAGAACCCUGACCCUAUCAUGUUAGAAGGCAGAGCUAGCUAGGAUCUGUGUUGUUGUUGUUGUUGUUGUUGUUGUUGUUGUUGUUGUUGUUGUUGUUGUUGUUGUUGUUGUUGUUGUUGUUUUCAAAUCUUUAUUCUCACGAUAGCCAGUGGCCAAUACGUGUGUGUGUGUGUGUUGUUGUUGUUGUUGUUGUUGAUGAUUUUUAUUUUACUUUGCAAGGCCAAACGGGCAAUGGUGCCCAAUUCUA